CACAACUUUGUGGACUUCCUUUUGGCCAACCACACAAGCUUUUUCUGCUCCAAACAUUCACUCUUCGCCUUCAAUUUUCCAAGAGCAAAUCCAUAAACCCAAAAAAUUCCUGUAAAUAUCAUCAACCCCAGAAAUCUACAGGGUCUGUUUUGGUUGUUUCUAUUGAGUUUCAGAAGAGAAAAUCGAUAAUCAUGGCGUUUUCUGAUGAUCAUCGUGAUCUAAACCUUGAAGCCACAGAGCUCAGAUUAGGUCUCCCGGGCACCAAUGAAGAUAAUCAGAAGUCCAUGAUCAUGGACAAGAAUAAGCAGUUUAUGAAGAUCAACAACAAAAGAUCAGCUCUGGUUCUUGAUAUCAAUGGUGAGGAAGAUGAAGAUCAGCCUGAUCAGUCCAAUCAUGGAGAUCAGAAUAAUCCCAGUACUUUAUCUUCACUCACCCAGAACUGUCACCAAGAAUCACCCCCACCCACCAAGGCACAAGUUGUGGGGUGGCCGCCGAUCAGAUCCUACAGGAAAAAUUGUUUUCAGGGAAAGAAAAAAGAUCAGCUGGAGACGACGGCCGGAAUCUAUGUGAAAGUGAGCAUGGAUGGUGCUCCUUACUUGAGAAAGAUUGAUUUGAAGGUGUAUAACAAUUACUCUGAUCUGCUUAAAGCUUUGGAGGACAUGUUCAAGUUUCGAGUUGGAUCUGAAUUUGCACCAACUUAUGAAGACAAAGAUGGUGACUGGAUGCUUCUUGGAGAUGUUCCAUGGACCAUGUUCAUAAAUUCUUGCAAGAGGCUGAGGAUCAUGAAAGGCUCAGAGGCUAGAGGCUUGCAGGGUUGUGCUGUGUAAAUAAAUGAAUGAUUAAUUAAUGUUAAUUAAUUACUUAAAAUUAAUUUCUCUGAAGGAGGAGAUCUAAUGAAGAUCAGAUCAAGAUUAAGCUCUUUGUGAAGAAAUUAAUUUUGGAAGCUGAAAUUAUAAUUAACAAAGUUAAUUAGUUGGAUUAGAUUUUGUUAGGCACAAGAUUUGCCAAACUUCUUGUAUAGAUCUUUUUUUUUUUUUUUUCCAUUAUUUGUCUUAA